ACAUUGCGUGAUACAAUGCAGUCUACGCUUAGAAGACAUUCAAAUUCGCACUGUGAUUUGAACGGCAGCGCUUUAGAUGAUUUGAACAGAAACAGCGGCCGUGUAGCAGCGUCAGAUUGGAAAAGUUUAUACGUACACAGUGGAAUUAAUCAAGAGGUUUUACGACGACCGCGGUUUUUUGUUUUGUUUCCUCUAAUGCGGAUUUGAGGCGGAGGGAUCUAUCUGGCGAGCCGAAGCGCAAAGAGCCAUCUCCAUCCGCAUCCGUCGUGUUUUGGCGUCAGUGCAAAACAGUGGUUUUUCUUCUCGGUCUCUGCCCUCAUUUAGAUGGCAAGCUUCCCAGACUCUAUAAACGAAAAUGAUAUAGGUAAGGCAAAGUUCAUUGGUGAACUCCUGGUGCCUGUUGCUCCCUUUGACCAGAAGUCUGGGCGUGAAGCUUGGACCGUAGCCUUUGCGCCCAAUGGUUCUUACUUUGCUUGGUCUCAGGGGCAUCGCAUUGUCAGGCUUAUUCCCUGGACAAAAUGUCUGACGAAUUUUUCAGUGGGCCAGGAUGGAGAGGGCACUAAUGCUUUAAGUCCCCGACGCUUUUCCCGUCAGAACAUUGAUGGAGGCCAGUACAUACAGACAGCUGGUGAUCCCAGAGAGCACACCAUUGACUGUGGCGACAUCGUCUGGGGUUUGGCUUUUGGCUCAUCUGUGCCUGAGAAGCACAGCCGCUGCGUUAACAUCGAAUGGCACCGGUUUAAAUUCGGCCAGGACCAGUUGCUACUGGCGACUGGCCACAACAAUGGUCGCAUCAAAAUCUGGGAUGUUUACACGGGGAAACUGUUGUUGAAUCUCAUGGAUCAUUCUGAUGUCGUGCGAGAUUUGACCUUUGCUCCUGAUGGCAGCCUCAUGCUGGUCUCUGCAUCCAGAGAUAAGACCCUUCGUGUGUGGGACCUCAAAGAUGAUGGUAACAUGGUGAAAGUUUUGCGCGGUCACCAGAAUUGGGUCUACUGCAGCGCCUUUUCCCCUGACUCGUCCAUCCUGUGCUCUGUCGGCACAGGCAAAGCAGUGUUCUUAUGGAACAUGGAUAAAUACACAUUAAUCUGCAAGUUGGAGGGUCACCACAAUGAUGUGGUGUCUUGUGAGUUUUCACCAGAUGGGGCGCUGUUGGCCACUGCCUCCUAUGACACGCGGGUCAUUGUCUGGGAUCACCACAAGGCCACCAUCCUUCUCGAGCUGGGCCAUCUCUUUCCUCCUCCAUCUCCGAUUUUUGCUGGAGGGUCAAAUGACCGCUGGGUGCGCUCUGUGAGUUUCUGCCCCGACGGCCGCCACAUUGCCAGCAUUACUGAUGACAGACUGGUCCGUUUCUGGAGUAUUGAAGAAAGAGCUCCUCAGGCCAUCACCUCACUCUCCAAUGGCCUUUGCUGUGCCUUCUCUCCUGAAGGAAGUGUCCUUGCUGCUGGGACACGGGACGGCAGUGUGCACUUUUGGGAAUGUCCUCGUAGCACCGCCAGCCUGCAGCACUUGUGCAGGAUGGCUCUCAGGCGGGUGAUGACAACGCAGCAGGUGGAGUUGUUGGCCAUUCCCACGCCGCUCCGUGACUACCUGUCCUACAAAGUCAUCUGAUUCUCCUCAGGCUUCGGCCGGUCCCCGUGCAGCAAGCUGGAAGGCUGACAAAUAAUCCAAUUUUCUCUGUAUUUAUUUUCAGAGGACCAUGUAAGAUUUGUGAAAGUUGAGGAUUAGAAUGUCAUCUCAGAUCCUCAGAACAUUGUCACAGAGUAGGAUGUUAUUUUGCAUGUAUUUAUUUUUGUAAUUGCUCAUUAUAUGAUUGUGUGCUGGGGCCAAUGGGCCAACAAUGACUGUAAGGUCAACUUUUUUUCUUCUGUCUCGUCUCCUUCAUCAGUCCUCAGUUUUGAAGUAUUCAGCUUUUCUUCCUUCUGGCUCAGGCUCCCUUAAACACUCAUCUUUUCCUCUGACUUGAAAUGGCUAUUGCACUUAGUACAAGGAGCUUUGCCGUCAUGCAUGGUUUAUCUUUUCUGUUUGCAAAUGGGUGAGGUUGUGUUGGCACAUACAGUGAGCUUAGCAUAUCUCAUCUAUUUACACCAUGAAUAUUUUGAACCGCUAUUUACCAUUUUCUUUAAUGUCUUAAAUAGCACUCAGUCCAACAGAACAUCAGCAGUUGUGAUUAUUAUAGUCAUGAACUACUACUGCUUUACAAACAACAAAACAGAUGUGGUUUUCCCCAGUUACGUUGUUGUUUUUUUCUUCACGCAGUUUUUCAUCCCCCGCCUUUGUCUAACCGCCAGUCUCACCCAACUGUGAUGUGCUCAACCAAGUGUAGCACAUUCACCAUGCAAACUGACUGACUUCGCUCUGCUAAAAGUAAGCCUGCAUGUUUUUUUUGUUUUUUUUUUCAAUCUUUGAGACCAGUGAUUAAUGACCUCUAAUAAAAACAAAGCACCUCUUGCGCUUAGCUGCCAUCCUGUGUAAAGUCUUUAUACGCAACCCCAUGAGGUAUGUAAUGUACAUACAAUAUCUGUAAACUUCAAUCUUGAAAUUUUUUUUUUUUUUUUUUUCCUCAAUGUGAAAGUAUAAGCAAGUCAAUACCCUCUUAGCUUAUAAGCUCCAAGAAAACCUUUGGGACAGUGUGGCACUCUUCAGUGCCUUGUGUACCCUGUGUGAAACAAGCAAGAAUUGCGGAAGUAUGUAAUUGGAAUACCCAAGGAUCAAUGUGAUUCCAGUCUCAUUUGAUGCAAGUUUGCUGUAUUACAAAUAUGCACAAGCCACAGUAACGCUUUUAAGAUUCUCCGUUUGUCACUUUCACAUUUGUUCUGUGUGUGUGAAGAAGGGAAAGUGAGCACUCGUUUUGUGUCAAUGUAAGCAAAUCAGUGCAGAGCAGCUGUCAGAUUGUUCUGAGCAAUAAGUUAUCAGCAACUGAAGGUUGCAUGACCCAACAUGUAAGUACUUGUAAGCUUUGGGAAUAAAAAGACAUCUGAAGCUCCUUGCAGUAUAAAUUGUUGAAUUGAAAGUUAUCAACUGAAUGUAAGCUCCUGCCAUUAAGGUAGUUUUUUGUUUGUUUUGGUUUCAAUAAAGGCUUUUUGACGAUA